CCUUUGGUUUAAAACAGUUCCCUGCCACUUAGCACUCAUGUCCUUCCCCACCAGGCUUGGCUCCCAGGGCUUCGGCCGCCUUCACAAGACCAGACACACUCACAGGCCGAACCUCGGGCUCCGCAGGUGCAUCAGCAGCUCCGAGGCCGCCCGCCCGCCCGGAAUUCGAACGACUGAGCCGUGGCAGGCGGAGGAUGAGCCCACGGCUCCCUGACAUGACCACGCAGACGGCCUGCAGGCGUUUGGAUGUCUGAGGCCCUGCCUCCCCGGAGCGGCCAUGUCCGAAGGGGAGAGCAAGGACAGCUCGGGCAGCGAGUGCCCCGUGUGCUACGAGAAGUUCCGCGACCUGGAGGGCGCCAGCCGGACGCUGAGCUGCGGCCACGUGUUCUGCCAUGACUGUCUGGUCAAGUACCUGCUCUCCACCCGCGUGGACGGGCAGGUGCAGAGGACCAUCGUCUGCCCCAUCUGCCGCUACGUCACCUUCCUCAGCAAGAAGAGCUCCCGCUGGCCCUCCAUGCUGGACAAGAGCGCACAGACGCUGGCCGUGCCACGGGCCUGCCCCCCUGGGCCGCCGGGGGGCCAGCGCCCCGGGGGCCACACCCACCCCACGGCCGGCUCCCAGCUCGUCUGGAGGGCGUCCCCCAGCCAGAGUCCCCAGCUGCCCUUGGACUUACUGCCCAGCCUGCCCCGGGAGCCUCAGAUCUUCAUCAUCAGCCGCCACGGGAUGCCCCUGGGGGAGCAGGACAGCGUCCUGCCGCGCCGCAGCCUGGCCGAGCUCUCCGAGGCGUCCCCGGCGCCCCGCUCCACCCGGUCCUUCUGCUGCCGCUCCCGGGCCCUCCUGCUCAUCACCCUCAUCGCCGUGGUGGCGGUGGUCGCUGCCAUCUUGCCCUGGGUGCUGCUGGUGAGGAAGCAGGCGUGAGAGGAGGCACCUGCAGGGCCACCCAGCGAGGCCGGGCUGAGGGCGACUCUGGAAGCUGCCCCAUCCACGCCUCCCCACCGGCUGGCCACGACCUGGGCGGGGCAGGGGGCCCCAGGGCAGACGCAGGCCCUGAGGUGCGGUGGGCAGAGGGGAGACGGGGAGCAGAGGGAGGGCGUCAGGAUGGUGCUCACCGGAGGUGUGGUGGCAUCGCCUGGCCUCCAGCUCCCUGCUCCCAGCCGGGUUGGGCAUGACGGGGAAGCCAGGGCUGGCGAUCUCCGAGGCCGGAGCUGAGCUGAGCACCUGAGCUCUAGACUGAGAUGGAAACUGCAGGUUCUGGGUCAGGGUCACAUGUGAGAUGGAAGCCUCUGCCCAGAAACAAGCCCAGGAGCCCCCGCAGAUGCUCUCUCCUCCCUCCAGGCCGGGGCUGGGCCAGGUGGGAAGACGGGUGCGGCCCCUCCGCGGGGUGGCCAGCCCUGGGGUGUUCUCACCUGCCAGUGACCCACCUGCUCCAGGUGGGGCUCCCUCUCGGGGACAAGGAGUUCUGCUGGAUGGGGGCCCGAUGGCGGGACGCGGCCGGGUCAGAACUCCCACCCAGGAGUCUCUAGUCUGAUCUCACAAACAGAAGGGGCCCAAAGCACACGUGCUCCCCAGAAUCUCAGCGCCCAGCCCUGACCCUCACAGCCGGACCCCCAAAUCGCCAGCCUGGGAGGUGACCUCCCCGAGGAAGUAGCUGACCUCAGAGGCUGGGGCCCAGGGUUUUGGGGGGAAGGAACAGACGAAGGUCUUCCUGGGAGCAGGGGCCACGCUGGGAAACAGGCGUUUGCUGACAGCGGCGAGGCCAGCGGAACGGCCCGCGCACACAGCCGGAGGGCCCCCCACGCCUCCCGGGCCCAAGGAAGGGUCCGCAUGUGGAGUCUUGGGUUGUCAAGGAUGGACAGGAAGACGAGGAGUGCAGAAGCCUAAUGGCCGAGACUUGAAUCAGCUGCGAACUAUGCGGGCAAAUUAACCCCUGGGGCUCCCACCUCUCCCAGCCCAAGGCCGCCUCCUCAUGACCCAACCACUCAUCAGAGGCCACACCAGCUGGGCCAGUUUCCGAGGUGGAUUCAUUCCCAGGCUGGGCUGGGUGAGGAAGGGCGGGGAAGACAGCAGAUGUGCUUGUCAGGGACACCACGGCCUCGACUGCAUCCUGAAACGCAGGUGCUGUCAGCCACUGGGCGAGGCUUCGUCACCUGGGGACCCCACCCUGGACGGCGCUGGGGACCCCUGAUGAGGACCACUAGGGAGCAAGCCGUUCGGGAACAACUAUUUUCUGUUUACGAAGGCCCAGAAGUCACUGGGCCGCACUCUUACAUUCAUUUUAGGAUUAAAACACAAACAACCUCCAGCUAUUUGCUCAAACCGGUGGUUGUUUGCAGUCCAGGUGUGCGGACAGCCGAGCCCUCCACAACCUAUACCUCUCUGGGCAGUUUGCUGCCUGUGGGGAAAGAAAUAGCACGCUGCCUCUGACCUGGCUCCCAAACCCCUCCAGCGGUUGUCCUCUGGGACCGUCAGGGAGUGGGACCCAUGCUAUCGGGAGCAUUCUGGACACGGGGAGGGUUGGACUUCUGGACGCCCUUUUCAAGACCCGAGAAGAGCAUAGUGCUGUUUGGGGAAGACAGUUGGGAUCCAUGGGGAAAAUAUUUAUUACAGGAAAACAAAUGUUACAUGUACAAAAAGACUCUAACGAGUCUGUUUUACCAAACUCAAGCCAGGCUGCUUUAAACAGUGUCGUGAAUUUCUGGGGACCUGAUUUUAGAUUCUGUUGUUUGUCAAAACUUAAUUUCAAAAUACCUGUCGUGUUUUCAUAUUGUCCAGCAGUGGCUUGUAGAUGGCACUCCUCUUAUUUUCAAAGAAUGUCAAAAGCUAUUUUUAAAAAUAAAGGUAUAUAUUUUCUCAAAGA